AUGCAGUUCCAUCUCCUCACAGGUGUCUUUCCCGAUAUUGUUGAGCAUCCCAUCGUGCCCUUCAAGCAGCGAUUUGAUUGGGACGGUGGAUUUGCAUGCAUUGCAAUGGUGCUGGAUCAUCAAAAAAGGCAAAAGUUUAUAGCCUACUUCCGGCGAAUCUGUGCCGAAGGUGAUUUCGGCGAGGGCCCCUCUAGCCUCGAUUUGUGCUACAUCUUGAAGGACUUCAACGUUCCACACAAGUACCUAACGAUGACCUUUGCGGGGAACCCGGAACAUAGGUUUAAUGGUUGCUACGAAUCGUUAAAAAGGGAUGUGGCGCGUUUGAAUUUUAAACUCCAACACGCCAAGCAGAAAGGCAUCGACGUCAAGAAGUGCUCCGUAAACAAUCAAUUUCUAAUCGAUCACCUUGAUAUGCACGGCACUAUAAUUCUGCUCACCAGUGAAUUGAUGCUGUUCUGUGACCUGUGCACACCGAAAAAACGGCAUAGCGAAUCAUGCGCUUGUCAAAUCCAACCCCCCAUGUACCUGGGCUGCCACAUCGUGCUCUGUGGGUACAACGGAUUGACACAGAAGUUCAUGUACCGCAAUCCGCUCCACGACAACCACGUGUGCAACAUUCCAUACCAAGAGCUUGACAAGGCCCGCAAAGCAAAAGGGACGUACGAAGAUGUUAUUCUUCUGUACAACAAAACUCCACAACACAAGGUAUUCCGGAAUAAGGAUUUAACAACGUCGUUGGCUGGUCUGCGCACCAAUUGA